GUGAGCGGGUGCCUAUACCUGCUAUUAUUUUCUGUGCUUGGGUUAUACUAAUUUUCCACUAUUGCUCGUUUCCUACAACGACACAAAUUGUAAACGGUAUAAGUGUGAUAAUGCAUCUAUGAUGUUCAAGAGAGAGAUCGGUUCGUCAAAUAUGGAUCUACGGCUCCAUAGUCACGAGUUUAUCGCCAAAUUCAUAGACGCUUUUAGAAAAAACCCUUGUCUAUGGAAUACUAUGAACCCUGAGUAUAGAAACAAGAAGUCCAGAAUGAAGGCUUAUAAUAAGCUACUAAAGUACGCGAGGAGUGUCGACCCUAAAAUAACUGUCACUGACGUAAGAAAGAAACUCCAGUCUAUACGCGCUUCCCAUAGGAAAGAAAGAAAGAAAGUGACUGAGAGUAUGAAGACAGUGGAAUCGUUAAAAAAUGUCUACGUACCAAAAUUGUGGUAUUACAAGGAACUUGAGUUUCUAAACUAUAAUAUGGAAGGUACGUUUGAAAUGACUAAUGUUGACAACAUCUGUGAAAAGUCUAGUAGUGAUGUACUCGAAAUGUCCAACAAUUCAUCUGAAAUGUCCAUCACUGACAGUACAUCAGAAAAGUCUUUCCCUAUUGUUCAGGGACUUCAAAUAAAAAAAUACGUCAGUGAUAGUGAUGAUCAUGAUACCACUAAAGACGAGGGUUCCGUCAAAUCUAUAGUAUCAAAUUUUUCCUUGGAUUCGGUACGCGAAACAUGGGAGUCGGACCCAGUUUCUGUGCCUAAUACAAUUCCGAUGCGGGCAAACCCAAAUCAGCCCUACAGCGAGGGUGUGCUAAAUAACGAGCCCACCAACGAGAUCCUUAGUUAUAUAGCCAGGAAAAUAGAGCGUAACCGAGACGAAUUUGAUAUAUUCGGCAAAAAUGUCGCAGCAGAAUUAAGGACUAUGACACACCAACAGAGAAUUAUUGCUAAGAAACUUAUGAAUGAUGUCAUUUUCCACGGCCAACUGCAAAACUUGACAGUGGAAUCUCAAGUCCAAACCAAUAAUUUUUUUUCCGAAUCCUAGAAAAUCUUCCUUCUUUAUUGCUAUUUAAGUGUUCAAUAAAGAUAAGUAGGUCAAUGGCA